UUCCAUUUGUUUAGGUCGCUAUCUACAGCCAGCAUACUUAGGCAGGCUGCGUCGCUAAAUAGCGGUAUGCGUAUUACUUAUAAAAGUUACGCUUAUUUCUCUUGUGUGUGGAAAAUACGUUAAAUGGAUUCGAACACGUUAUACUACUCGCUGGAAUUGGUUUCUGGCAAUGGUUUAAGGCUGAGCUGUGAGCAGAAGGCUGCUUUGCAGACGUCCUUAGUAAUUUUACAAAGAAACUACAGAUUUAGCCGUGUGCUAUUCUGGGGAAAGAUUUUGGGUGUAAAGGGAGAUUAUUUUAUCGCACAGGGGGCUACAGAAGAUGAGCUUAGAGCCAAGAAGACAUUGUACAGCUUAAACUGCAUUGACUGGCACCUGCUUCCCCUCCCCACUCCGGUCUUGCUGGCGGAGGUGUCAGCAGUGGCGAAGGGGCGUUUCGUAGGGGACCCCUCGUUCGAGUAUGAGCUCACAGAGACGCGACAGCAGGGUGAGGGGGACGAGGCUGUCAAGGAGGAGUUCACGAUGAAAGUGACUGAAGAGAAGAGGCUGGCGGCCACAGUGUUCAACAUAGAAAGGGAUGUAGCUGUCGUGCCCCGGGGCGCUUUUAUCCGGACCCCCCAUGACACAGUGCAGGUCAACCGCAGCUUCCAAGGGCUAUCCACUUUGGAAGCUGGGAAUCUCAGCAACUACCUGCACUUCACUGAGCCGCAACACCUGAAGAAGAAAUCAAUUAUGGAGAUGGCUGACCUGGACCCCUCUAUUGACUUCUUGGACCCCCUAAGUGAGGACAUCCCAAAAGAAUCAUGGAGCCUGCAAAUGGAGGGCAGCAGUGUGUGCGUGUUGCGCAGUCUGCUGUGGCUGGGGUUGACCUUUUUCCACGUUCCCUUUACCCCUCAACACGGCUACAUCUACAUGGGCGAUGGGCUGAAGAAUCUGGACCUUCCCUUCAUGCUGUAGCAGAUUUCCUUUCAUAAUAAAAGCUCAGUACCUAUCCUUCA